AUGGAGAACUACAUUCAAAUACGUGUGUUGGGCAAAGGGAGCUUUGGUUCCGCCUGGCUCGUGCAACGGCGUAGUGACAAGGCGCAAUUUGUUGCGAAGGAAGUGCGACUGGGUGGCAUGAAACCGGCGGAGCGGGAGAGCGCAAAGCACGAGAUUGAAGUGCUGCGGACCCUAAAUCACCCCAACAUCACCCGUUAUGUGGACCAUUAUGAAAAAAACGGCUCACUUUACAUUGUGAUGGAGUACGCCAACGGGGGCGAUCUUUACACAAAAAUUAGGUCCCGCAAGGGAGUGCGUUUUACGGAAAAGGAGAUUUUGCAUUACUUUUCCCAAAUUUGCCUCGCUCUUCUUCACUUACAUGAGCGUCAUAUUUUGCAUAGGGAUCUGAAGACACAGAACGUCUUCUUGACGAAUGAUGGGGUAGUAAAGUUGGGGGAUUUUGGUAUCAGUACCGUCCUGCGGAACACGUUUGAACUGAAACGAACCGUGUGCGGGACGCCGUACUACUUUUCCCCCGAGCUUUGCCUCAACAAACCGUACAACAAUAAGAGCGAUGUCUGGGCAUUGGGCUGCAUUUUAUAUGAACUCACAACGCUUACACAUGCCUUUGAUGGAAAUAACAUGAAGGCACUCGUACAGAAAAUUUUAAAAGGUGUUUAUCCCCCUAUUCAUAGCAGUUACCCCCCCAAUCUCUCCAAGUUGAUCUCCGCCAUGAUUCAGAUCGACCCAAAGCUGCGUCCAAACGUCAGUCAAAUUAUCCUCCUUCCAUACGUCCGUGACUCGUUAUCGAGUCUGCAGAGAGUCGUGGAGGUUGCCCACUACAAUCAAAAGCCUUGUGACCCAUCCGAGGAAAGGAAGGAGCCGGCACGCCCCUCGCAGCUGGAAGCGAUGCGACAAGCAGAGGACAGACGGAAAGAGGAACAGUUGAAAGCGAUGAAAUUUGCGAAGGAGCGACAACUGUUGCGGCAACAGAUAGAGCAGCGAAACCGCGAAAACGAUGAGCGGUUGCGGCAAAUACGGGCACAGCAGCGGCAAGCGGAAAUUGAACAGAAUCAAAGGAGGAAGGAAUUGGAGGCACGUGUGCGUGAACAAAGGCGAGAAGCAGUGAAGCGCGCUAAAGCACAGGCACUUGUCAAUAAACAAAGAGAGGAGGAAUGGGAGCGUAAUUUGCGGGAACAUGCGGAGGAGUACAAACGCAAGCAACGCGAAGAGGAACGCUGUGUACGUGAGAGAGCAGAGCAGGAGGCUCUUCAUGAGAGGCUUUUUAAGAACAACAACAAUAACAACGGUAAUGGACACGUUGAGAAGCCGGCACCUUCAGUCGCUGAAACUGCUGCGGAGUUGUACCGUGAGAUGCGACGACAGGCUGCAUUGAACAAGCAGCGUAUGUUAGAGGACGUGAGGGCAAUGCCGGGUCGUGCGGAUUCAAAUGUCGUUUGCGUCGCGGAGGUGCAAAUGCCAAAGUCUCCACCACCUGCUCGGCAGCAUCGACUUAAUUCGUUGGGGAAGAUGCAACCAGAGGAAGCAGUGGAGGUGCGUCGGCAGGUGUACUGGCAAAUGCGACGUGAGGCCGAGGAGAAUAAGCGACGUGCACUUGGUCUUGAUGAGGCUCCGGAUGUCGCGUUGCCGAAGAGGCCAGCAGCGUCGCCGCAAGCACAACAGGUAACACCUCAACAUGAGCCAAAACAGGGACAAGAAAAACCUCAGGAACCACAGAAGCAGCGGCAACCGGAGGAAGCCGCAAAGCAAAACCAAUCUGUAGUGUACGCAAAGCGAGUAGUGCGGAAUGAUGCACCCCAGAAUUUGCCCCCUUCGCCGGCUGCAGUGGAGGGGAUUGGCCACAGAGCCCCAGAUGGUGAGCCCGAGACGGCGAACGACGACGAUGUGGGGAGGAAGCGAGAUGAGGACUACAGCGCACUGCAAACUGCUAUUGACGCUGCACUGACGCAAGAUGAGAAGCGCGCGGAUGCGAAGGACUUUAACGAUGAGGCCUUCUUUGACACAGACCCGUCAAAGUUUAUGCUAGACGGACAGACACUUAUCCUUCCAAAUGUUCAGGCAACAGACCCGCUGAUGCACCGCAUCGAAUCGCUUCGUUUAUUCCUUGAGAACAAGUUGGGCGAGUCCGCACUGAUAGCUUCAUAUCGUCAAAUGAACAACAUAGCUGUCGACGACGACGAAGCGAUGCAGCGUGUGGCGGACAUGUUGCCCGAGGAGCAUCAGAGAUUUAUUCCCCUGAUUGCACAACUGAUUGUGUGUGAGGACGCAUUUAAUCGUCAUCUUCUACAGUAG